GCCGGCGGCGCUGCCGAGGGACGUCGCCAGUCAUCGGCGAGCCGCGGUUUAAAACGUCGUCGUCGCUUUACAGCUCUCGCGCGGUACCCCGGCGUCGCCGGCGAGCAAAUUACGUGAUCAAGUAAGAAAGGAAAAGAUUCAAGCGCGAAAAGGCCGCGCGCGCGAGUCGGCACGCGCGAGCGCAGGCGAGGGUGUCGCGCGCCGCUCGAACUGGAACUUGUCUGUGCGAGGGAUCGUCAACUGGCCGGUCGCGCGUUGCAGGUGUGGUGAGUGAGAGCCGGAUUCUUGUGGCGCGACCACCCCUACGACGGACACGCACGCGAACCAACCCCAUACCGGAUCUGCACCGCGGUCCCGCGUACCCUGUGGAGGACUCGGGUACUGAUCGCUCGGGGUGACGAGCAGAGUCGCCGGCAUGUAACGAAGCGGACGGGGAAUCAAUGAGAAACCUCGUCGCUGGAAUACCAAAUCGAGAUAAAUAUGUUCUUCUGGAUGACCGAAUAACCGUUGGAUAAAGAUAUUCGAAGAUGAAUUGGCCACUGGUGCUGACUUGCUUUUUACUGCCGCAGUCGUGCAUUCUCGGUGCAUCGCGUGUAGGUUGCACGUUUCCGGAGGAAUGGUAUGGCCGGUGGUUCCAAUCGGGGAAUCAGGAUCUGGUGACCGUCAAUGGCUCUCUCAUCACCAGCAAGGGCCUCUGCAUCGAGAAAAACGGCGACAAGUUCCUCGUUCAUGAUACGAAGGAUAAAUGCUACCGGUGCAUCGUGAUGCACGCGCAACAUGCCAAUGUGCUGCAAUACAAAGAAACUUAUUGCACGAACGAGUCACCGGCACCGAGUCUGCCGUCCAAAUGCAGCCUGUUGACCAGCGACGCCACUCUGGUCUCUCUGUUUCGCACCGGUGCUGCGCCGCUGCCCUGUCCCAUUAAGGGUCCGUUGGAGUUCACGUACAGCCAGGGCGAGGGCGAGUGCAAUUCGCCGCGGUCACGGGCGGAAGCGUGCACGCAGGAAUCGCGUCUGCUUCUGCGCUAUCAAGCGUGCGCCAACGUUCAUUCGUCUGAAAGCGUCGACGUAGAAUUGGAGUGUCUGGCUCAUUGGAGGGAGGGCAGCACAAAUUACAUGGUCGCGCGUUUGCACAGCGAUCGUAAAACAAACGACGAGGAGAGCUACAGAUGCUUUAUUUACACAAAUCCGUCGAACAACACGUGGAACCUCGCGCAGAGCUCGGAUGCCGCCUGCAACGGAUUGAUCAGCGUCACCGAAGCCGCCAGGACGUUCAAGAUGACGCUAAAAAAGCCGUCGCAGCGUUGUACAUAUCCGUCCUGGCUGGUGGCUGGUAAAUCGUGGGUGGCUUUGGAUCGAAUGGCUUCGCGGCUCUUGGCGUCGCCUUACAACCUCACGAUCCUCGAUCGAAACGAGACCCGUCUCGUUUGCCACUCAAUUGUUCCCAUCGAGGAUCAUCGUCAUCACCACUCCACGUCGAUCGAUAGGGAGAACCAGAAGCAGUUCGUCGCAAAAGCGACGCGAGAUUGCAAGAACGGAUACGUGUGCAUCAUGUUCCACAGGAGGGACGAACACGUAAUAGAGAUGCAACUGUCGGAAUGGGGCCAGCAGCCCGACGAUAUAUGCAACUCGAGCACGUUCAACUCGCACACGAUGCCGUACACGACGUUCAUCACAUCCGACCCGAUGACCCGGCAAUGUCCGAAUCUCGGCCGCUACGAGAUCGUGUCGUUGUUUCGCUCGCCGAAUGCCGACAACAUCGAGGACAUACUGGCCGCUGACGGUGAGCAGAACGUCGCUAACGCAGCGGAAGUGCACGACGUGAGAGUGCCUUCCACCCCAUUGCCAAGACAGUGCCAUCACGGCAGCGUACGGCGACUGGACAUCGGUUGCAGGACACCCGAUCGCAUGGAGUUCGCCACGUCUUGCAGCGACGAAGCGUUAUCCGAGUACUUGUGUCAUGGAACUUGGAUCGAGAACGACACUGCCUACUUGGUUGCCAGCACCGACGUCGGACGUUACUGCCUCGUUUAUAGCGCGUCCGCCGCGACGACAGGAAGCCGUGAACUCUCGGUGACGGGCCAUCUCGCUUCCUGUCCGAGGGCUUCUCAUCGCCAUCCAGUCUCGUGGCAGGUCAACCUCACGUCGUACGCUCAAUGCGGCGACAUCUCGUCGGCAGCCACGUGGGCGCUUCGAGUGCCGGCGUCUCUCCUCAAUAUCGUCUUCUUCGGCGCGCUCUUCGCCAGGUACAUCGCGAGGUGAUGCCACUGAACCGAGACGCGCCACGCACCGGUGGCUGUAUAGUUGAAAGAACAGACUCUCUUAUUGCGAUAUUGCGUUCUUGCGAUGAUUAUAUAUAUAUAUUAAUAAUAAUAAUAAUAAUAAUGAUAUGAGGGUAGUACGAGCGGGCGAGAUAUAAGAGGAAGAGGAGUGAAAGGAAGACGAGCUGAAACUAAUAAUCAAUCUUAGAACAUAAGUGCGUGAGCGCGAGUGCAUGUGUGGUGAUACAUUGCGGAUGUGAAUUGCGAUUGAGAGAAACAAAAAAAAGAGACAAGUCGGAAACGGGUAAGGUAAUUAUAUAUUAUAGACGCAUGUGCCAGCCCAGGCGAAUGUGGUAGAGCCGAGUGGGAGCGGGGCUUUACGAAUGUACAUAAAAAAAUCAAUGCGACCACGAGACACGAUCUUCCUGCGUCCCUCGUCCGGCUACGAGAAAUCGAUCGAGGUGACGAUAUUAAUCGAGAAGGCGAAGAUGCCUUGUGCCCACACGUUAAAACUUCAUUAGCUUAAUUAAAACGAAAAUAAAGAUAUACGAAGCUGAUGCAAUCAUCCAGCAAAAACAUAAUAUGACGGUAUCCCAUGUAUACCCCCUCCCAAUAGCUUCCUGAUUCCAAUUCAUUGAUUAAAAGACAAUUUAAUAUGGCAGGAAAUGUGAUUUUACACUGCGAAGCAUCCUUCUCUGUCGUACCGUUCCCGGCUAAUAAUUGCAAUUACGGAAAUUACCUGUCAUUAACAUGCUCAAAUGCGAACACAGGAAACUGUGCCGAAUCUGAAUUCUUGUCAAAUGAAUUUCGUUCAUUAUUGCGUUCAGAGCAUCUCGUUACGUGUAUCUCGGCAAGAGCGCGAACCGAGGACGUGUUGCGUGGUAGAUUGUCUUCUUAGGUAGAGUCGGCGUGGAUUUACGUUGUUAUUAUAUACAUAAUGGAGUACGUUUGCCUUUAAGAUUGUGAGGAGCCCAACGACUUAUCAUUAAAAAACGACGCUAGUUUUGAGCGACGUAUGUAUCUGUUAUAUCAAGUAUACAAAAUAUAUAUUCAUUUAUAUGACAUUAAAAUCAUAAUUCAAAGUUUGAGUUUGGUUUUUUACAUUCUUAUCUUGCAUUAAUCUCAUAUUACAAUGAUCAUAUAUUACAAAACUCAUCAGUUUCGUGUAUAUUUUUUCACGAUUUUUUUAAAGAGAAUAUCUUUUUAAAAAUUAAUUGCUACUAGUUUUGCAUGACGUGAUGCAACUUCCCUGCGCUUGUACUAGUCGUUGCGUGUGUGAUGAUGUAAUAAUAAAAGAAAAUAAUAAGGGUGCUGGGGCCAAUAUUAUAUGAAAUGAGUGUUGCUCAUUUGAUUGAAAGGGAGUAAAAGUGAAAGAUAGUGAGAGAGAGAAAGAGAGAGAGAGAGCGCGAGAGAGAGGAAGUGAUAGACCUAUAGCUAUUUACUUAGAAAUAGCUCCGCAGCCUCUGCCACAUUCGCUGGAUAUCGUUCGACGCUUCUAAAUGCGACGAACGAAACAUGUAUUUACUUAGAAAAGAAUAAGAGAAACUGCCACGUCCAACUUGUAAUUAUACGCAUUUUCGUUAAAAGCUUCGUGGCACGAGCCGCUCUUCGCCGUGAAGAGGAGGAGGCACUGUAAAAAGGAUAGAGGGAGAAGUAUCAGGAACGAACGAUUAACAUAUUGUAAUUAUUGCUAUUAUAUCGCUGUUAGUGUCGUAAGGCAGAAUAAGACGGAGAAAUGGACUUCUCGCUCCCCGAGUAUCUCUCUUUUCUUUUGUAUAUCUCGCGAGAGGGAUAGGGAUCGAAGGAGUAGCUUGUAAGCUCUCUUUCUGUAAAAAUGUUAUACCCUGAUCCACCAUUGAACUUUGAUCCUCGUGCGAUGAACGUGAGGUCGAUACCAACUGCCAUCGAAAGUUUCUGCGAAGAAUCUUAUUGCGAAUGUCCCGUAGUCGUAACAUGAAACGAAAAUGUACCAGUGAGGCUUGAGAUGGUAACAAUACGAGGUGAAUAAAAUAUCAUUGCUAUCGAUCACACUUUCCUUUAGUGUAGAACAUGCGAAGUUUCUACACGAUGAUUUUGAUUACUGAUCAAGAAUAUUAACGAUUAAAACACGCUGUUUUUUAAUCGUUAAAAAAAUUUUCUUAAAAAUUCUCAAGUUCGAAAAAUGUUCGAUUAAUGUUUUCGUUCAUUUGAUUGAUUUAAUUUAAUUAAUAAUCAACAAUUAGGAGUUUUUAAUAAUGUGAUUUCUAGUAAUACCGAAUGUUGGAAAUAUUGCAUAACGUUAAGAAAAGAGUGCGAUUUGAAAUGAAUAUUAUUCGCUUUCGUUACCAAAUGAUCGAUGCAAAGAUGAUUUUGCAAUAUAACAUAUCGCUAUUGGAAGAAGAAAGUUGCAAUAGAAAAAAAUUAGACUUCCUACAACGUAACGAUAGACAACAUUCAAGCUGAGACAUAUAAACAUUUUUUAAGAAUUUUUAAGAAGUUUGAUAUAUCCUAAAAGAGAAAACACAAGGAAUUAAUAAAAUAGACUUUGACCUGCCUGAGAUUUUUCAAAAAUGCCCGUUAAGAAAAAUUCUAGUAGAUAAUUUUUUUCAAUUGAAUUAAUUUAGUUGUCUACGUAUCGAAUUGUAUUAAAUAUAGUUUUAGAUACUGUGAAGGUUCUUGUAUAAAAAAGCAAGAAAAUUACAAGAUGAUUACGAUAGUGCAAUCGUUUACUACAAUUCUUUGACAUUGGAACUAACAUGACGACGAAGUUUAGAUAUUUUUUAUUCGAACUAUUUUACUUAAAGAUUCUUAUUGCAGAAGAAGAGGAACGUCCCACCGCGUUUAAUCGAUUAUACACAUAUUAGAUAUAUACGCGAUAUAUAAAUAUAUAUAAAUAUAAAUAUAUACAUAUACCACGCGAGACAAUUCGAUGUUGGCUAUAAAACUGUACACUAUUAGAUUAAAACGAACAGAAAAGGGAUACAAAGAAUGCGACGAUGAUACAGUCGACGAUCAAAACUUGAUCAGCAUUCGUUUUCAUCGCACUUGAUCCUUUACCAACGAUACGCCGUAUCUGACUGAAGGAAAUUCUUCUAAAUCUUUUCUUUUUACAAUAAAGAAUUAAUGCUUUGCAAUUGUAUCCGUUUGUCUCGGCAGUCACUUGCAGCUACCGAUUUCUCCAGUCUGUACCGCAUGCCAGGUUUCGUCGAGACGUUGUCGAAGAGUUCAGAGCGCCGGCUGCUCUAACUGCCGUAUAAAGAUACAGCUGUCAUCCCCGGAUGCAGCUAUGAUCCGCAAUACGUGUAUUUACGUUCCGCGCACCGUCGGUUAAUGGUAGUAGCAAGCUAGUACACACUAUACUGCCCUACGAGCUCCAGCCCCGUAGCUGGUAAUGUACAGUAUUAACAAACGCGAAAUACAUACGUAUUUCACGGGCCAUCAUUCAGGUUGCAUUCCGGGAUCAACGGCUGCAGGAAAUUACGACACCUGCACAUAGUAGGCUUAAAGGAUUCGAAUUGCGACACGGAGAUACGAUCGAGUUUAAUAAUCUCGGGUAUGCCGUAUCUCGUGCACGUCGACACGAAGAGAUACUCGCUGUAAAAAGAAGAGGGAGGGGAAGCAGGGGAGGAAAAGAGGCCAGCGAUAAAUCCGAUCGCAUGAUCAGUCGCGAGAGUGUAGAUUUCAGGGUAUUAAUGUCGAAGGUUGCAUAGUUAUACAAAUAUACAGAAAUAGUUAAAGAUAAAUUAUAUUGUGAAAAGAAGUAUAUAUAUAUAUAUACUACGUUUUUAUUGUUGUAAAGUUAUGACCGAUGCAGUCGACAGGAACGAGGAUUCGUACGAGGACUCUGUUCUCUUGCGAUCGCGUGGUCCACGCGAUUGCAUUCGUAUUUGUUGUUAAGUUGCCUCUGUCACCGCCAUUUUCGAACGUACGAGGAGGAAAUAUCAUAGAAGUUGUGCACUUUUUUUCUAUUCUCGAGCUUACUUUCGUUAUUUCUCGAACUUACAACCAAUGAAAAUUGUAUGAGAUGGUGGAACUCUUAAUGGUGAAACGGUGACGGGUAGCGAAGAGCGCAAACACACGCAUAUGUAAAUGUAUUCAGUUAAGGAAACUGUCACGAGAGAAUCUCGAUAUGAUUUGUGUCUGCCGGCGCAUGAGGGAGAAUAACUAAGUGACGGAUAUUAAAUAAUCCGGUUGUUCGCAACGUGGGAAGACUCGCGUUCUCGCCCUUCUGUGCACGAUGUAAUCGAAAACGCGCGCACGUCACUUAUCCGUAGUACACGACACAACGAGCAUUACCGUCUCUAGUCUUAGUCAGCCAUUUAAAUAAAUUUCAAUCGAAUUUAAACGCGACAGUAUGAGAAAUCGGAUGGAGCGUCAUUGAUUGAUACCGAAACGCGCACCAUGACAGUCAAUUGCCCCGCGAGCCGGGGGGGUGACAAUUUUCUCUCCUUUCAUUCUCGAGAAGAGUGUACGAUUAUAUAUAUAUAUAUAUAUAUAUAUAUAUAUAUAUAUAAUAUAUAUAUACUGUAUAUACUGUAUUUGCAUCUCUCAGGAGGAGCUCGGCCGAUUCGGAGCACUCUGGUCCGCGCGAAUGAGUGAAUUCGGACUUCCUUCGUGCCGAAGACUUCCUAUUUCCGUUGCGAUUCACGACACGUUGUCCUUAUCGAGGAGCGUACGGCUCGGUGUGUGAUUCAGCAUCGUUCGAAUUUCAAUCGGAGGCAGCGUUACUGCACAACUCUUAAGGCAUCUUCAAUAUACCCGCAAUAAACGACGAUAGACUAAGAAAUAAUCUCACGGCGCCUAAAGGACGCCUGGUACAUUUUUUUAUUGCAAGAUGAAUCCCGCGUAUGUAUAUGUACAUACGUGCGGGCGCAGAGCGGAUUGUAAAAUAAAAAAGAAGUUAAGGGAGAAAGGAAGAGAGUGUGUGUGUGUGUGUGUACAUGCGUGUGUGUAAGAGGAAGAAAGAGAAAGAUACGCUGCAUCGACCUUAAUAAAACUAUUAUUGUACUAUGAUAGGGGAGGAAACUACGGCGGAGACACGUAGGUACAGCCGAACGAAAUGUUCUGUAUCGUGACACGCGCGAUCUGAAGGUACUACUACUCUAAAAAGAAUCCACGCUUGAAAGCUAUCGAAAAUCUAUACAUAACUGAGUGUUUUACUAUUGGAUUAAAAAUUAUUACAAUGAUACCUAUUAAUGUAAAUGGUUUUUCAUUAUUAUAUUAUUAUAUUAUAGAUGUUAUACUUAAUAAUAUAUUUACAAAUAAUUAAGACGA